AAUAAAAUAAUAAAAGUACGAAACGCGUGUUGAGUUUCCUGUUGCGAAUGGUUGCUAGAAGAUUAGUUCGUCGCCAGCUCUCGAACCCAACGAACGUUCGCAAAAAUUGAAUUCAAUAAGAAGAAAAAACGGAUAACUUAUCUGCUGCAGCGCGGCGAGCGGUUGAGCCAGUCAGAGCCAAGUUAAUGCUUUGGGUUUAAGCCAAGUCAUAAAAUGGCCAACGUACAACGAAAAGAAAGCAGCCAAAACGUAACAAAUUCAAAAUAUAAAAUUCAAUUUAUUUAAACUGUAUAUUGUAUCUGUAUCUUUCGGUUGCAUCUUUUGGUUUUGCUCUCAUCUUUAAAUACUUUUCGCAACAACAACAAUGUUUAACAUUCUGUUGCCUGCAACAUUCAAAAGAAUUAUAAAUUGAAAUCGACGUCGAGUGCAAAGUGUUUACAAUCAGCUUCCACCGAGCAGGGCAACAGCUUUUCGCGUUGUUUUCUUUUGCCUUCAGCUUUGAGAUGCAACAUUUAUUUGACAACAAUUUAACAGCUUUUUGACCAAGGAUAAACAUUUCGGAUUCUUUGCAUUUGUGUUAAUCGAUAUAAAAAGUUGUGGCUGGCUCAAGCUUUUUUUAAGUCUAAUAUCUUACGAAAAACCAAAUAAAACGAAGUCACAAAACUUACGCGCUAAUCAAAAUUAUAAAUAAAUAAAAUAAUAAUUUAAAUUUAUAAUAUAAAAUAAAGUAAAACAUAAAUAUAUCAACAUGGCGAUGGAAUGGAUAACAGCUAUGGACAAGCGUCCUUGUGAUCGUAACCUACGUGAUGUGGAACUAAUAUCCUGUCGUUUGCGUCGCGUGGAGCCGCUGUGUCGCCUGCCAGGGUCAGCCCUGCAGCAGUUGGCCAUGUGCGGCUUCUACGAGGACUUGGAGAAGGGCGUCACACUUUUUCGCGCCGGGGAACAAGGACGAUUUUGGUAUGCGGUGCUGGGCGGUUCAUUAGAGGUGCGCUACCACGCACAUUCCGAUGCCGAUGGAAAGAGCUCCGUCACUUUGUGUAAUCUUGGCGUGGGCGCCACAUUUGGCGAAUCAAUACUACACGACCUGCCACGGGACAGCACCGUCGUGACGAAGACAACCUGCGAGCUGCUGCGCGUCGAACAGCAGGAUUUUCGACUCAUCUGGGAGAAAAACAAGGAGUUGAUGAAUGACAUUAUUACCAAUUGCAAAUUAAAGAAUGGUUUUGGACCCGGCGUACAGCCAGCAGCUGCCACAUCGCCUACAAAACGCCCACUGAGUCCGGAUCAUCCCAAUCCAGCGCUACCCAUUACCGAGUCGCCGAGUCCUGCUAUGAACCGCAUGGGCUGGGCGCUGCGAACUUUAUUGGUGGUCGAUAACUCAAGCUGUUUGAAGGAUCGCAAGGUCUCUGGCAAGCUAAUACGCAAGUGUGCGCCCGGUACAGAGCUGGUGGAUUGGCUGGUUAACUUGGCGCCCAUUGUGCACACACGCGCCCAGGCGGCGGGCAUGUGGCAGGCGUUGCUCGAGGAAGGCGUACUGACACAUGUUAACAAGGAGCAGCCAUUCAAGGAUAAAUGCUUUCUGUAUCGAUUUCGCUUGGACGAGGAGGGCGGAGCACCUGCAGCGGGCAUACCAGCUGCUGAGGAUCUCAGUGCAGCUAAUGAGCAUAUACGUGAGGCAUUGAGUGCACUCUUUCAACGUGGUCCAGAUGCAACAUUGCGCAUGAUAUUGCGCAAACCUUCACACGAGCGCACACCCGAGGAACUGGAACUGGUAUUUGAGGAACUGGUUCAUAUAGCAGCCCUCUCCCAUUUAUCGACUAGCAUCAAGCGUGAGCUAUCCUCAAUAAUUGUAUUCGAAGCCCACGCACAGGCGGGCACCAUAUUAUUCAAUCAAGGCGACGAGGGCCGCUCCUGGUACAUAUUACUCAAAGGAUCCGUGGAUGUUGUGAUACAUGGCAAAGGGACUGUUGCCACACUGAAGACUGGCGAUGAUUUUGGCAAAUUGGCUUUGAUUAACGACGCACCCCGAGCAGCCACAAUCGUUUUGAAGGAGAACAAUUGCCAUCUGCUGCGCGUGGACAAGGAGCACUUCAAUCGCAUUCUACGUGAUGUUGAGGCCAAUACAUUGAGAUUGCAGGAGCAUGGCAAGGAUGUGCUAGUACUUGAGCGCGUGGCCAAACAACGUGGACAACAUUCGGCUUUCAAAUAUACCGUGAUGUCGGGCACACCGAACAAAAUGCUGGAACAUUUGCUUGAGACGCGCCUGGGACAGACCGUCAGCGGCAUGGAUCCAUUUCUGGAUGACUUUCUGCUCACGCAUAUCGUAUUUAUGCCUGUGGUGCAGCUCGUCGACGAACUGGCCAACUACUUUCAUUGUGAUGCGCAUGAGGAGGCGCAAACGCCAGAGGAUCGCGAAUAUAUAAUCAACUUUAAGAAGCGGGUCAUACAGUUCAUGCAAAAGUGGGUCAUGGCGGUGCGUCACGCGGCUUUCGAGGAGCCGAGCGUAUGCGAUUUCAUAGAAGAUCUGGCCGCUGAGGUGGAAGCAGAUCCCGAUUUGAACGAGGAGACAAGCAUCAUACACAAUGUCCUCACACAAAUGGCGCGCUAUCAGGAGGAUCGCAAUCAGAAUGCGGGCCAAAAGUGGAAGUUGCCAACAAAUGGACAACCGAUUUGCCUGUUCAGCGGCAAUGCGACGCCCUCAAAGACGGUCAUCAGGCCGGACGAUGACAUCAUUUUCCGUGUGUAUUGUGCAGACCACACAUAUUGCACGCUGCGCUUUCCCAUGCAUACCACCGCGGAGCUAAUCAAGGCCUGUGCGGCGGACAAGCUGCAAUUGAAUCGUGGACCCGACGACCUCUGCCUCGUCGAGGUGAAAUCCAAUGGGGAACGGUCCGUAUUCAAGGAUAAUGAUGUUAGCAUACCCACGGGCCUAACGCUCAAUGGCCGUUUGUUUGUGUCCGUCAAGGAUCAUUUGGAUGCCUUGACCCCAUUGCCGGAGCAGGAAUGCCCCACAGAGGGAGUCGACAUCGAUUUGGAAAUCCUGAGCACCAAAGAGCUGGCCUAUCACAUCACAAUCUUUGAAUGGGAUUUGUUUUGGGCGGUGCAUGAAUACGAGCUGCUCUAUCAUACAUUUGGCAGGCAUCACUUUGGCAAGAUUACGGCCAAUUUGGAUGUGUUUUUGCGGCGCUUCAAUGAGGUGCAAUACUGGAUUGUCACCGAGCUCGUCUCCACGCCCAGCCUGAGCAAGCGCGUGGGCCUUGUGCGUAAAUUCAUCAAGCUGGCCGCAUACUGCAAGGAGUAUCAGAAUCUGAAUGCCUUCUUUGCCAUUGUCAUGGGCCUGUCGAAUAUGGCCGUAACACGGAUGCAUCAGACCUGGGAGAAGAUACCAUCGAAAUUCAGGAAAAUCUUUCAAGAGUUCGAAGCACUUAUCGAUCCCAGUCGCAAUCAUCGCGCCUAUCGCGUAUUUGUGGGCAAGCUGCAGCCCCCGCUAAUACCCUUUAUGCCGCUGCUGCUCAAGGACAUGACCUUUGCCCACGAGGGCAACAAGACGAGCCUUGACGGACUGGUCAACUUUGAGAAAAUGCACAUGAUGGCACAAACAAUGCGCACCAUACGCUUUUGCCGUUCCCGAAGUUUGGGUCUGGAGCCGCCGUCACCGAAAAGCGAGGGCGAGGUGCGUUCGUACAUCAGCAGUUUUCGUGUGAUUGACAAUCAGCGGGUUGUGACCGCCAUGUCACAGAAGGUGGAGCCAACCAGGAAGCUAAAUUAAACAAAUCUAAGCGUUAACAAGUCGUCGUAUAGUCCCCUAGUAUAAACGCGUAAUUAGUGUCUAUGAUGAGUAUUUAAUGGGUUUAUAACAGGCUCCAUUAAUUUAACUAAUUCAACUGUAAUCAACUGCACAGUUAUGAGCUUAGCUGAGUUGUUUUUAGCUGCUGCCCCGCUAGCGACCAACCAGUGCAUUCUAAACUAAGCGGCAAAACCCAAAUAUAAAAGUAAUCAACUAAUAAGCUAACUUUAUUCAUAUUAGUCAGAAACUAAGUAAUAUUUAUGUAAGCUUGGCAAAAAACAAAAAAAAAAACAAAAAAACAA